AUGACAUGCCCAAAUAUAUCAAGACGUUGGGAUGGCUCUAGCGAGUUUGGAACAGCCAAAUAUGCUAUUGAGCAUGGCUUGGAUUCGAAUAAUCUUUGGACAGAAGAAGACCUCAUUGAACCGGAACCAAAAGGAGGCUGCGUCCUCCCGGGUUACCUCUUUGAUUCGCAAACGUGGCCUCACCAUAAUAGCCCGCUCCAUCGUACCACAUGCUUCUCAGACUUUCAAUUGGCACGUUUUCUGCUUGAACAUGGCGCUGACGUCGAUCUUUAUAACGCCGUUGGUGUGACGCCGUUGCACGAGGCAGUCGGGAACCAGAACCAUGACGGUAUUCGAUUCUUCCUUGCCAAUAAUGCCGAUGUCGACAAGAGCACUAUUGGCGUGCGCGUGCGGUACAAAGAUCUAUAA